GCAUUGGGUCUGAUAAUUGCACAUACUUUAUAUGCAUGUGCUUCCUUAAAAGAGGACAAAUGUUAUGUUGACACGAAUAUGUAUGUACAAAAGAAUGGCGUAUAUGCAUGUAUGUGGCUGUACGUAAGUAAAACUAAAUAUUGAUCUCUUUCUCCCAGUAUGAACACGGGUUUUGUCUUUGUUGAAGUUUGCACAUCAUUUGCUUACCAAUUGGCUAAUUUGCUUUGCCAUCUUGCUAAUUCGUGAUACAAUAAGGCCAUUAAUAAGUCACUGUUGAGACGAGUUGCAGUGUGCAGAAAAACAGAGCAUAGGUUGAUUCUUUCUAUAAAAAUUCGGAAUAAUGUCCUUAUUUUUGGGUGCUAGUCAUAUAUCAGAUUUGACGAUUUCAUCGAAAAACGAUUAUAUUGGGUUUCGAGUGCCAUUCCAUAAUUAUGGAGAUGUGACGAACUUGUUCCUGUUCUUAUCCUCAUACGUUGGAUCUCAAGUAGAUGGAUUUAUUUCCAAUAUUUCCCUGGGGUCUUCAUUCGGAUGGUAUUUUAGGGUCGAUCAGUUUGAACUAAUUUUCUUGUGUCUACUUAUGCUUCAGAUUUUUGUACUUAGAUACAUUGAAAUUUUGCCACUUAAUAUGAAUAACCUAUUUCUUGGAGAUCCUUCUGGCCGUCGUCGAAGGAGAGAAGUCAAUUUGCACAAACUUUGCAGAAGAGAUGAACUUGCAGAAUCAAUGUUUAAGUUGCUCAGAAAAUUAGAUGACGGUCAAUGUUUUCCAUUUGCAUUAUGUGAGUUGGGAAAACUGGUGCAGACUGGGAAGCACAUACCCGAUGACUUUUACAUUCCACAUACAACGAAAACAUUGAUACGGGCUCUAAAACUAUCUGGCGACUACCGUAAAGAGUAUUCUCAACAAUGUGCAAGCAAUACAGCGUUGAAGUUUUUGGAGGAAGCAGUGGCGAUGGGUCAGACGGAAAAAUUUUUGAACGGGACCCUUUGUGCGGAUAGAUAUCAAGGAUGCCCCCUGAGUUCUCAAGACGUGAUUCACCACAUUCGACUGCUGGCGGAGCAUGAUAUGCUUUCCUAAACUUUUUUUGAUGAAUGUGAAGUAAAGAAGCUAGAAUAAAAUAAAGUUAUUCUCGCCAA